UAAAGAGAGAGGAACAAACUCAAAACUCAAGGGCGUUAUUGUUACUUUGGUUUUGGAAAUAGAAUAGAACAUUCCAAUGGAUAGAAAAUCUUGCAGAGAGUGAAGGCAGUAGUUGGUAUAAAGAGAGAGGAACGGACUCAAAACUCAAGGGCGUUACUGUUACUGUUACUGUUAGCUUUAAUGGCUUCCAAAUAUACAACAGUUCUGUUAAGUAUCUUGUGCUUCACCACCUGUUUGGCCAAAGAAAGCUCUGCUCAACAGCCAAAGAAUGUUGUGAAGGGAAGAGUGUUUUGCGACACGUGUGGCCAACGUCAAUUGACGGGCACAAAUGCUCGUCCUAUUGUUGGGGCAGUGGUUGCAGUGGAGUGCAAUAUGAAGAGGAAGCUGAAAACAGGCAGCAUUUCAGUUGAAGGAAAAACAGGGGAGAAUGGAGAGUUCAGGGUGAAGUUAAGCCCCUCAGUUGUUCAUUCCAAAUGUGGGGUGCGCCUUGUGAGCAGUCCACAACAGUCCUGCAACAUGCCCUCCAUUGCCACAGCGGCUCACAUCACCUUGGCCUCAAACAACAAUGGACUUUUAACUUACAACUCUCCUCCCUUAGCCUUUCGCCCUUCUUCCAUUGCCUCAUGCAAACACAAACACAGUCACAGUGAUGCAGAUGCAGAUGCAGAAUCAAAGCUUAUUUUUCCUCUCCCUUUUCCUUUUCCUUUUCCUUUCCAAUUUCCACCCACUCCACCCCUCACAAACUUGCGAUUUACUGCACCCCCGCCAAACUUCCCCUUUCCUCCACUCCACCCCUUUCCCAUCUCAGCCCAGCCUGCAACUCCUCCAAUGAAGUCCUAGUGCCCUUUUCUGUUAAUUACCUAAUGAAAUUAGUAAGCAUAAGAUAUUUCAGCUUUCAUACUAGUCUGUUUACAAUAACAGUAUUUGUUAGUACUGAACUUGGCUAUGCCAUGCCAUGAUUUAUAGUAUUUCUCAGUCUUAGCAGAAGUAUUUGAAGGAUUGCUCUUGUACUCCAAGGAAAUCUAUUAUUAUUAUUAUUAUUAUUAUUAUUAUUAUGCAAUUA